AUGAAGGUCACUUUCUUCCUCACUGUUGCUGCUGUUCUCGUUGCUGCUGUCUCUGCUGGUGGACGAGCGGGUGUUGACCAAGAAAUGGGUGGUAUUGGCAAUGAAGGUCGCGUCAGUGGUCUCUUGAACAAUCUCCUCAAAGGUGGUCUUUUGGCUGACGCCAGCGAGGGCUACGGCGCUAGACAAGAUGCUUUUUAA